UUGGGCCAAGUAGAACCCAGCCCACACGGUUUGCUCUCCGCCAUAGCUAAACCUCAUUGUCAGUGUUUUCGUUCCUCUGCAAUUUGCAAACAAGCCCUACUACUCCCCAAGAGGUGAAUGAUUUUGGUGUGACAAACGAGAAAACUCACUGUGUAGAGGAAACAUGGCAAGCCAAGCAGCUGCCGCUUUUAAUGGCAACAUGAAGAAAGCACUUGCUGGCCUCAGACGUAUCAACCUGGAAGGUUUGCGAUGGAGAAUAUUUGAUGCCAAAGGCCAGGUCCUUGGAAGAUUAGCGUCUCAAAUAUCAACAGUAAUUCAAGGCAAGGAUAAGCCUACAUAUGCUCCAUAUCGUGAUGAUGGGGAUAUGUGCAUCGUGCUUAAUGCAAAGGACGUAUGUGUUACAGGGAGAAAGAUGACGGAUAAAUUUUAUCGCUGGCACACUGGGCAAGUAUCAUCUUUUCAUAUCCUAAGAACCAUGCUUAGUACAUAAUGGUGGAUGUAAUAAGGAAAUAAAUAAUCAAAUUUUGUUAUUACUUAUCGUUGAGUGUUUCAAGCUUGUAAUUGCUAUAAACAAAUGUCCAAGGUAUCCAAAAUAUGUAAACAAUGAUAUUUUGAGAGAAUUAUUGUGGAUUCCAAGUAAAAUUGUUACAUCUCACAGAAUAUAGUUUCAUUUUUCAA